AUGGCUUCUACGACAAAUGGAAAUACUCCGACGCUACCGGAAGAGGUGAGCAAGCCACCUGAGGGCGUGGUUUUGCCCCCGAAGGAUAUUCGAGCUAUUGUGGAAAAGACUGCAGGAUACGUGGCUCGGAAUGGGCUUGUUUUCGAAGAUCGCGUCCGCGAAAAGGAACGAAAUAACCCCAAGUUCUCCUUCCUGACCCCGAGUGAUGCAUACGCACCGUUUUACCAGUGGCGCCUUGUGGAGAUUAAGGAGGGCAGGGGAACAGCUGUCGCGGCAGGGCGACCAGGGGAGGCUGCGGCGGCACCUGAACCGGAAGAGCCCAAGGGACCAGCAGAGCCUCCGGGUUUCCAUUUCUCUGCUCGGAUGCCUAUCAUCAACGCGCAAGAUCUAGAAGUCGUCAAACUUACCGCCCUUUACGUCGCCAAGAGAGGAAAAUCUUUCAUGACCGCGCUGUCGCAACGCGAAGCCAGAAAUUUCCAGUUUGAUUUCCUGCGGCCGCAACACAGUCUCUAUCAGUUCUUCACCCGAUUAGUCGACCAAUAUACGACCCUACUACGGCAAGAAGGAAUCGAUGAGGCCACAUCGGAGCAGAGGAGACUGGCGGAACUGGAGUACAAUGUUAAGAACAAGUUUCACAUCUUGGACCGGGCUAAGCAACGAGCGGAAUGGGUGAAAUACCAGGAGCAGCAGAAACAGAAGAGGGAAGAGGAGGAAGAACAAGAGCGCAUUACCUAUGCGCAAAUCGAUUGGCAUGACUUUGUGGUUGUGGAAACCGUGCUUUUCACCGAGGCCGAUGACCAGGCGGAGCUCCCUCCACCAACAUCGCUGAACGACCUUCAAUCUGCCUCUCUGGAACAGAAGGCGAUGAUAUCUCUCAAUCCCAUGCGGAUCGAAGAGGCCAUGCCUACGGACCUAGAGGAACCGACAUACUACAACGCCUACCCAGUACAGCCCGAACCAGUGCCGAUCGUACAACCGGCCGGGCCGGUAUUCCCUCAACAACCAGUUCAACCCAUGCCAGUGCCGGUUGCCGCUGCCCAGGAAGAGGAACAACGAGCUGCAUUCCAGGCGCAGCAGGCUGCCGCGCCACCAACUGGUCCCAGGAAUGCCCAGCAACCGAUGCGCAUCCGGUCGGACUACGUGCCCCGUGCCCAAGCCCGACGACUCAACAAUGCCGGCCCAACCGCGCUGUGUCCCAACUGUCACCAGCAGAUUCCAGUGGCGGAGCUGGAUCAACACAUGCGUAUCGAACUGCUCGACCCGCGCUGGAAAGAACAGCGUGCCAAGGCCGACUCCCGCAGCGCGACGACCAACCUGUCGACAACAGAUGUCUACAACAACCUCAAGCGUCUUGCAAGCCAGCGUGGCGACGUCUUCGACUCGUCUGUCCUCCCUGGCGCUGCGGACCCCGAAGAAGAAGCCAGGAGAAAGCGUAUGGCCACUGGAGCGCCACCAGCGCCUGGUGCUGAAGGUUUCACGGGAAUGGCACCUAUGCAACCGAUGGUUGGGCCAUCUGGAGCACCACCGCAUCCACAGAAUAUGAACCUUGAGGAUCAGAUCAGACAUCUUCAUGAGCGAUACAGGCAAUGA